GAGAAAAAUGGUCGACUUUACUCACACCGACCGACCCUGCAAUCCUAGCAGACCACCGGUCCAAACCCCUGACGAGAAUGGCAGUAAGCACGUCAGUGAGUGGGUGGAGGAUUUCACGACCAAGUUGGACCAACCAUGGCGGGACGUAAGUGUUGUACAGCGGAAUAUCGUUUUGUAGAGAAGAGUCGCUCGUGGACAAGCAAGUCGGUGAGGAGAUGUAUAGUCGUGUUGGCCACAGUUUUGCUGCUGUUUACCGCACGAGGAGACGCUGGGGAAGACCAAAAUGGGGCAGCCAAUUUGAAAUUGAAAACGCCUGCUGGCUUACAGAAUGUACAUUUCCAGCUGGCAACUUCCGUGCCUGACAAGGAGGUGGGUCUACCUCCACAAGGGAAGGCGGUCGUAGAUAGGGGAGCGAAGGCGGCGGGGGAGAAGAAGUACACCCGGUCCGCCAAAGUGCUAGCUUGGCCCGAUGGAAGACCAUCGAUGGGGGAGGAGAGGAGGAAGCGCGCCGAGCCCCAUCAGGGUGAUGAUGACGACCCCCGUUCCUCCAACUGGUCAUUACUUGUUCGUCAAGCUGCCCAUUCCAAAUUGGGAUCUUCAUCGUUUGGAGCCAACGAAUCGACGUUUCCUAAUCAGGAAACGGCAAUGCGGGAGAAGACGAGAAGGUGGGAAGAACAGCAAGAGCAAGAGCAGCAUGAGAGAGAGGGGGCCACUGGAUCUGCAGCCAGGACGAAUACAAGGGCGAGUCUUAAUUCUACUCCCCAGUACUCCGCCUUGGCGGAGUUGCUCGAUCGGAUGUCUUCGAUAUCGGAGAGAUGGAGACGGACGGCAGAGAUGGAUCACGGCGAGAGAUCAAGCGGUGCCGCCGGGUUGACACCCACCGCUGCGAAAGCUGUGGGAAUUCUUUCGGACAGGAAAUCGGAUUCUGGUGAUCUGGCACGACGGCGGUCGCUGCGGACUGAUUCGGCAGGGGGCGGCAAAGCGGACGUGCAAUCGCGAUCCGCCUCCUUGUCUGUUCCGUCGGAGAAGAAGACGAAGACGAAGACGCCGGAAUCGUCGUCAAGCUCGCUUAUGCAAGCAGAUGCUGGUGAUGGAGAUGGGAAAGGACGUGGAUCGGCGGCAGCGUUGGAGUCUUCAAGUGGUCCGUCAGAGAAGAAGAACUUCAAGAAGAAGGUGGAACCAUCGUCGACUUCGCCUGCGGAAGAAGAGGCGGGUCAUGGGGAUGGGAAACGAAGUGGGUUGGCGGCAUCAUCGCAGUCCAGGUCCCCUGAUUCGUCAACGAGGAAGAAGGCAGAAUCUUCGUCGACUUCGUCUGGUCCAGAAGACGACGGUGGUGGCGAUGGGAAAGGAAGUGGGUCUGCGGUAGCUUCGGAGUCCUCACGUGGUCCGUGUGAGACGAAGAAGAAGAAAGAGCCGGAACUGUCGUCAAGCUCGCCUACGCAAGCAGACGCUGGCGAUGGAGAUGGGAAAGGACGUGGAUCAGCAGCAGCAUCGGAAUCUUCAACUGGUCCGUUGGAGAAGAAGAAGGAAAAGGCAGAAUCAUCAUCAAAGGCAAAACCAUCAUCAACGCCGCCUAGCGAAGAAAAUGGUGGUGAUGGAGAUGGGCAACGAAGUGGGUUGGGGUCAGCGUCGGACUCUUCAUCUGCUCCGUCGGAGAAGAAAAAGGCAGAACCGUCGUCAACUGUGGCUACGGAAGAAGACGUUGGUCAUGGGGAUGGGAAACGAAGUGGGCCGGCGGCAGCAUCAGAGGGACCGGCAUCAGAGUCCUUGCCUGGUCAGUCCAAGAAGAAGAAGGCAGAACCGUCCGAGGGACCCGCGUCGGAGUCCUUGCCUGGUCCGUCAAAGAAGCAGAAGGUGGAACCGUCCGAAGGACCGGCGUCAGAGUCCUUGCCUGGUCCGUCCGAGAAGAAGAAGAAGGCGGUCCCGUCUGAGGGACCUGCAUCGGAGUCCUUGCCGUCUGAGGGACCGGCAUCGGAGUCCUUGCCUGGUCCAUCCAAGGAGAAGAAGAAGGCGGAACCAUCCGAGGGACCGGCGUCGAAGUCCUUGCCUGGUCCGUCCAAGAAGAAGAAGGCCGAACCGUCCGAUGGACCGGCAUCCGAGUCCUUGCCGUCUGAGGGACCGGCAUCGGAGUCCUUGUCUGGUUCAUCCAAGGAGAAGAAGAAGGCGGAACCAUCCGAGGGACCGGCGUCGCAGUCCUUGCCUGGUCCGUCCAAGAAGAAGAAGGCCGAACCGUCCGAUGGACCAGCAUUGGAGUCCUUGCCUGGUCUGUCCAACAAGAAGAAGAAGGCGGAACUAUCCGAGGGAGAGACAUCGGAGUCCUCGCCUGGGCCGUCCGAAAAGGAGAAGAAGAAGACGGAACCGUCGGACGGACCAGCGUCGGAGUCCUUGCCUGCUGCGUCUGAGAAGGAGAAGAAGACGGAACCGUCCGAGGGACCGGCAUCAGAGUCCUUGUCUGGUGCGUCGGAGAAGGAGAAGAAAGAGGCGGAACCAUUGUCAAGCUCGCCUGCUGAAGGAGACACUGGUGGUACAGAUGGCAAAAUAAGUGGGUCGGUGCCAGCUUCGGAGAGACCAGCAUCGCAGUCCUUGCCUGGGCCUUCCAAGACAAAGAAGGAGGCGGACGCGUCGGAGGGUCAAGCAUCGGAGUCGUUGCCUGGUCCGUCUGAGAAGAAGAAGACGGUGGAACCGUCGGAGGGACCAGCAUCAGAGUCCUUGCCUGGUGCAUCUGAGAAGGAGAAGAAAGUGGAAUCGUCGUCAAUUUCACCUGCAGAAGAAGACCCUGGUUAUGCAGAUGGCAAAGCAAGUGGGUCGGCUCCAGCUUCGGAGGGACCAGCGUCGGAGUCCUUGCCUGGGCCCGGCAAGAAGAAGAAGGCAGGUCCGUUCGAGGGCCCUGUAUCAGAGUCAUUGCCUGGUCCGUCUGAGAAGAAGAAGGCGGCGGAGCCGUCGGAGGGACCAGCAUCAGAGUCCUUGCCUGGCGCGUCCGAGAAGGAGAAGAAGAAGGCAGAACCAUCGUCAAGUUCACCUGCAGAAGAAGAUCCUGGUUAUGCAGAUGGAAAAACGAGUGGGUCGGCGCCAGCUUCAGAGGGACCAGCAUCUGAGUCCUUGCCCGGGCCCUCCAAGAAGCAGAAUAAGGCGAAUCCGUUUGAGGGGCCUGUAUCGGAGUUCCCUGGUCCAUCUGAGAACACGAAGACGGCAGAACCGUCGGAGGGACCGGCGUUGGAGUCAUUGCCUGGUGUGUCCGUGAAGGGGAAGAAGGUGGAACCGUUGUCAAGUUCACCCGCAGAAGAAGACCCUGUUGAUGAAGAUGGAAAAACGAGUGGGUUGGCGCCAACUUCAGAGGGACCAGCAUCGGACUCCUUGCCUGGGCCAUCCAACAAGAAGAAGGUGGACCUGUCGGAGGGCCCAGCAUCGGAGUCAUUUCCUGUUCCGUCUGAAAAGAAGAAGGCGGAACCAUUGGAGGGACCAGCAUCGGAUUCGUUGCCUGGUAUGUCUGAGAAGGAGAAGAAGAAUGCGGAACGGUUGUCAAGUUCACCUGCAGAAGAAGACCCUGUUGAUGCAGAUGGAAAAACAAGUGAAUCGGCGCCAGCUUCAGAGGAACCAGCAUCGGAGUCUGUGCCUGGUCCUUCCGAGAAGAAGAAGAAGGCGGAGGGGUUGUCAUCUUCGCCUACGGAAGAAGACACUGGUCAUGGGGAUGGGAAACAAAGUGGAUCGGCAGCAGCGUCAGAGUCCUUGCCUGGUCCAUUGGAGGGAAAGAAAAACAAGGCGGAAGAGUCGUCAAGCUCGCCCACGGACGACAUGUCAUCUACGCCAGCAAGCGCAUCUGCCUCAGCUGCCAUGUCAUCAACACAAUCCUGGCGACCUGAACGGUCACAGCAGAGCAGUUCAUCUACUCCUUCAUCUCAUAAGUCUGACGAUGGAGCUCGAUCUGAUGGUAAAGAAUCCUCUCCUGCUGUGGUGAGUGCUUCUUCUUCGUCGCCUUCACGGAAAAGGAAGAGCACACAUGUCUCGUCUUCUCCUCCUUUGGAUCUAGAGCAAGGAUCGGAGGCAGCUUCUCUCCCCCCUAUAUCUCCUGGCAGUGAAGGGUCCUCGGCUUGGGGAGUCCUCAUGUCUUUGCCUCCUCCACCUGGGGAAAAAAGAGGAAGCAACGGAUCACUGUUGGACAACGGAGACGACAAAGAGAAAGAGCAGGGUACACUGCUGGUAUCAUCUUCUCCCGCCUCUGCACCCAAGGAGGGUAAUCGUGCUCCUUUUAGCCCUGCAUCUCCAAUGAAGGCUAAAGAAAGCAGCAGCAGCUCCCCCUCGCCAGCUUCAAGCAGCAGCGCCCUCUCGUCAGCUUCGGAGCCAGGUCUGGAAGCGAUGGACUCUUCUGAGCCUCCGCCGAUGUCCUCCUCCGAGCCAAAUUCUUGCACUCUGUGUUUGAAAAGAAAGAGGCGUGGUUCUUCUUCUCACCUCGACGACGAACUUCCCUCCUCCUCUUCACCCCCUUCUACACCAUCGGAGGAGAAGGAUCACCUUCCUGCUUCGGAGCCAGGUUCGAUUAUGGAGUCUUCGGAGCCUCCGCCAAGCUCCUCCUCCUCGAACAAGAGCAAGCAGUGUGCUUGCACUCUGUGUUCCAAAAAGAACAACACUCAGGAUGGUGCUGAUUGCCCCUGCCAACAGAAGAAGCCAUCCUCUGACUCGUUGCCCUCCCCAUCAUCAAGCUCAGAAAACGCAGAGACGAGCUCAGAAACCGCAGUGACAAGCGCAGAAACCGCGGUGACAAGCGCAGAAACCGCGGAGACUAGCUCAGAAACCGCGGGGACGAGCUCAGAAACCACGGAGGAGGAAGCUGGGCUAAGCUCCGCCUCAACUCCUGGAUCAAAUUCAAAUGGCCCUGCAAGACAUUCUUCAUCAGCUCCUUCAUUGUCACCAUUGUUGAGAUCAGAGCCAGCGAAAGGAGAGGAUGACCAGGAAGGCAAAGACAGUCCUUCCUCCAUAUCUCCAUCAUCUUCACCUUUGAGAUCUGAACCUGUGGAAGGACACGAGUCGGAUGACGAGGAGGAAGCGUUAGCCAGCCAUUCUUCAUUACCUCCCACUCCUCCUUCGUCAUCAUUUUUGAAAUCAGGUCCCGCAAAAGGAUAUGAGCCUGACCAGAAGGAGGAGGAAGCUAGUAAUUCUUCAGGGAGUCUGCCUUCAUCACCUUUGAGAUCGAAGCCAUUGGUAGGUGAGAGUGACAAUGACGGCGAAAUCAGUCGUUCCUCAACGCCUCCAUCAUCAUCACGACCUUUGAGAUCUAGACCUGUGGGAGGAGAUGACCCCGGCGACGAGGAGGAAGCUGUAGCCAGCCAGUCUUCAUUUCCCGCUUCGUCAUCAUCUUUGAAAUCGAGCCCUGCGAAAGGAGAAGAGUCUGAUCAGGGGGACGUGGAACCUAGUCAUUCUCAAUCAGCCCCUUCAUCUUCAUUGUUGGGAUCGAAGGCAGCAAAAGGAGAGGACGACCAGGAAGGCAAAGUCAGUCCUUCCUCCAUAUCUUCAUCUUCUUCACCUUUGAGAUCUGAACCUGCAGAAGGACACAAGUCUGAUGACAAGGAGGAUGCGGAAGCCAGCCAGUCUUCAUUACCACCUUCUUCAUCAUCUUUGAAAUCGAUCCCUGCAAAAGUAGAAGAGUCCGGUGGUGAGAGGGAGCAAAGUAGUCAUUCUUCAGGGAGUCCACCUUCAUCACCAUUGUCAUCGAAGCCAGCGCAAGGGGAGAGCGACGACGAAGGUGAAGUCAUUCGUUCAUCCUUGCCAGAGUCGUCAUCACCUUUGGAGUCUAGACCUGCAGGUGGAGAUGAGUCCGACAACGAGGAGGAAGCGUUACCCAACCAUUCUUCAUUACCUCCUUCGUCAUCAUCUUUGACAUCGAGCCCUUCGAAAGAAGAAGAGUCCAAUGAUGAGGAGGGGGAAGCUAGUCAUUCUUCAGGGAGUCCACUCUCAUCACCUUUGCGAUCAAAGCCAGCGGAAGGGAAAAGCGACAACGAAGGCGAAGUCAGCGGUUCAUCCCUGCCGGCGUCGUCAUCACCUUUGAAAUCUAGACCUGCGGGAGGAGAUGAGUUGGACGAUGAGGAGGAGGCGGUAGCCAGCCAUUCUUCAUUACCUUCUUCAUCAGCAUCUUUGACAUCGAGCCCCACAAAAGGAGAAGAGUCUGACGAGGAGGAGGAGGAAGUUACACAUCCUUCAUCACCUUUGAGAUCGACGCCAGCGGAAGGGAAGAACGACGAUGAAGGUGAAGUCAGUCGUCCAUCCUUGCCAGAGUCCUCAUCACCUUUGGAGUCUAGACCCGCAGGUGGAGAUGAGUCCGAAGCGUUACCCAGCCAUUCUUCAUUACCUCCUUCGUCAUCAUCUUUGACAUCAAGCCCUUCGAAAGGAGAGGAGUCCAAUGAUGAGGAGGGGGAAGCUAGUCAUUCUUCAGGGAGUCCACUCUCAUCACCUUUGCGAUCAAAGCCAGCGGAAGGGAAGGGCGACAACGAAGGCGAAGUCAGCGGAGGAGAUGAGUUGGAUGAUGAGGAGGAGGUGGUAGCCAGCCAUUCUUCAUUACCUUCUUCAUCAUCAUCUUUGAAAUCGAGCCCUGCGAAAGGAGAAGAGUCUGAUGAUGAUGAGGAGGAAGUUAGACAUCCUUCAUCACCUUUGAGAUCGACGCCAGCGGAAGGGAAGAGCCACGGCGAAGGUGAAGUUAGCCAUUCUUCGACGCCUCCAUCAUCAUCAUCAUCAUCGCCUUUGAAAUCUAGACCUGCAGAAGGACACGAGUCCGAUGAUGAGCAAGAAGCGAUAGCUAGCCGUUCUGCAUCAUCAUCCUCUUCAUCACCUUUGAAGUCAAGUCCAACGGAAGGAGAGGAGUCUAAUGACGAGGAAGGGGAGGCCAUUCAUUCUUCAGCACCUCCAUCAUCGUCUCCGAGUACAACUCCGUCGGAACCGCUGCCACCUUGGAAGCCUUCCGAGCCAUCCUUGUCCCCCUCGGAGCCUAUGAAACCGUCCAAACCGUCUCAGCAGGCGACUCAACCUUCACCGGGUAGCGAUGUCGCACCCACACCAUCAACUGCAACUGCCAUUUUGAAACCUCUCCCAUCAUCAGAGCCAUCAUCAUCGUCACCGUCUCCAUCUUCUCUCUCUUCCUCACCCCCACCUUCAGAGCCCAUUCUGCCAUCGCUGUCUUCUCUUAGUCCCGAACGAGUACCACCAUCUUCAUCAUUAUCGCCUUCGCCUGUGUCUCCUUCUUCAAAGCCGGCACGUAAGUCUGCUGCACCACUGUCAUCAGUUCAAUCGAGUGAGGAACCGAUCGAGCCCGCUCAUCCUUCAGAGGACCUGGUGGUACUAGUCCCAUCCCUGGUCCCAUCAAGCAGUGCAAAAGUCCCACCUUCAUCGAUGGGACCUUCGAGCGAACCCCCAGAGAGCUCUCAGGCUCCGUAGCUGAAGGGUCCAUGCCUGUGUUCAUCUCCAGCAGUUACCCUCCUGUGCUGGUAUCCGGCGAAGGUCGAAUACCUGAUUG